AUGACGGAGGUUAGGAGGAAGAUCGAUGAACUCUAUGUGUUCGUGAAGGAUAAGAACAACAUACACAAGGAGGUCAAGCUACUAGCGACGGUCAUCAAAUCCGGCAUAACUGUGGCAGAUCGGGAACUGCAAGAAUGGAGAAGAAGAGCUGAAGCGGCCGAAAAGGCUUUGCUUGAGGCCAAGGAGAAUGACUACGAAUACGGGGACAAGGAGCAAGAAGAUGGAGAAGACAGUGAUUGGCGUAAAGUCGAAAACCAGAAGGAGAAGAGGAAAAAACUGAAGGAAGAAGAACAAAGGAAGAAGGAACAGAAGAAGAAGGAGGAGAAGGAAAAAAAGAAUGAAGAGGAAGAGAAGAAGAAGAAGACGGAAGAGAGGAAGAAGGAAUUCAAGAAGAAGGAAAACCCCAGGCAUCGUAGGGAGAGAAGUAAGGGCGACGCUCUGGUUAUCGAGGCGAAAGACAAAACGACAUACGCAGCACUCCUCCGGAAAGUGAGAGAGGAUCCGGAGUUGAAGAAACUAGGCGAGUACGUGGUGAAAACCAGGCGCACCCAGAAAGGCGAGAUGCUCUUCGAGCUGAAGAAGGACUCGCGAGAUGCUAGAUGGACUCACCGGGGAGCUCACCGGACGGAGACCAAUCGUCAUUGA